AUGCUCCGCCGUCCGGUCGUGCGCGCCGCCCUCGCGGUUCUUGGCGGCUCCUCCACGGCGGCCGUCCGCAGCAGCCUUCACGCCGCCGCUCCCUCCGACGAGUCGCUCAGCGCUCUGUGGGGAGCGGCGAUCGACGGGAUGAUAGCCGUGCCGGGUGCCGAGCGAAUCGCCGCUCCAAACGGGAGCGCAGUUUUCGCGCUCACCGCGCACAAUCCGAUGGGCGAGGCGGCGCCCGCGGCUGUAAACCGCGAGGCGAACCGCAAGCUGCAGGCCGACAUUGCCAGCCUGCGGCCAGUCCCGCGCGCGUGGUGGCACAGCUUUGGCUUCAGCGCCGAGGAGGGCUGGCGAGAGGACGGCUUCUGCGUCGCCUUUGCCACUGACGAGCGAAGGUUCGCGCGCGCGCAGGUGCUGAAGCUGGCACGGGCGUACCGGCAAGCGGCCAUCUACCAGUUCAGCUACAAGGACGGCGUGCUGCUGCGCGAGGUUGUGUGGUGCGAUCCGACCAAGCAGGAGCAGGCUGCCGAGGCGCCCGAGCGGAUGGCGCCGCUGCGGAUGCCGCCAGAGAGCGAGCUGGCGGACGUUGGCGGUGCCCGGGAUUUAUAG